AUGGCAAUGCGGGGUUGCGGUAAGCUCUACGACGCAAAUGGGAAAUGCGUGCCUCCCGCGGCCGGCGUUCCUCAAAACGCGCCCGGUGUCUAUUCCAGCUGCUUCUGUGCCGACUCGAUCCUAGCGCCCUUCAAGACAGGGAGCACUGGCGUCUGCGACCCUACAAUAUGUACGGCCGGGAGUGAUCUUGCCAGUAUUCAAGGCUGGUUCACAAACUUUUGCGGGAUCAACGGCAAUCAGGUGGCAAAGACAACAUCAUCAUCUUCAUCUUCAACAUCCACGCCCGGCACAGGAUCCGCAGGGGUCACUAAUGCCAAUAGCGGCGGUGGCGGUGGGACAUGGCUCUCAAAUCACUACCAAUGGGUCAUUUUCCUCGUUGUCAUAAUCGUUGCCAUUGUCGGCAUAUGGGUUGGAGCGUGCAUGUGGCGGCGCCGCUACCUUCGCAAGAGGGACCGCCAGUAUGCCCUGGGUGCCAACCUAGCACACGCUACUGAGUCGGGCCGGGUAGUGCCGAACGCCAGCAAUGGCGAGUCUAUACACGUCCCUGCGGCCGGCAUGUUCGACCCUGCGCCCAUCGCUAGCGCCGGUAUCUACGGCGAGAAGUCGCCCAAGAAGCAGAAGAAGAAGUGGGUCGUCAAGGAGCGGACUUGA